AUGGAGUCGGUGAUCGCAGCGUCCCUCAAGUCGGAUCUCUCUCCGACAGUACUGGAACGUGAAUUCAUGGUGAACGAACUACAUCGUGCCGAGGACCGGGUUGCGGCAUCCGCCUCGAAUCUGCGACGCGCCCAUACUGUCGCACAGGGAAGGAACAUCGCGAACACAAACACUGGCGUGAGCGCUGCCAGGGGACAGGUUGCAACCUCGAUCCUACGUGCCAAGGAUAGCCAUGAGGUGCUUCCAAAGCGUCCUGCUAGGCGCUUCGACAUCCCACAACUUUCGCGUGAUACCCUGGCUGGUGGAAGGGAACCGAAUCACUUCACCGUCGGGAAUGUCGGACAGAAUGGCAAGAUCUUUCUCAGGCCGAUUCAGAAUCCGUCGCACAAAGAACACCAUCUGCCUCCGCCCUUCCUUCCUCCUACGGCUCGGUCUCAGGACGAACGCUUUCUCCUGCCGACACAGUGUCACAGUGGUAAUGGUCCGUCGAGAUGGUCUAACUCGCAGCUUUCGGAGCUACGGCCGGAGUUCAUACCAGAAGAGGGUUGUGAGGAUGCAGAUUCCACCGCGUCCGAGCCUGCGCUUUCGGAGGAUAACCGUCACCACCAUCCUCGCCAGCGAGCACAGUCGUUCUCGACCAUUUCGGAGCAGCGGUCGGUGUCGGGUGCGCAGCGUCACGGUGAAUUCCGGAUCUCCAUUGACCGGACCGACGAUCGACCUAGAUCUGCAGAUGACUCGCUGCGUCCGACGCUGGAUACACCAAUCCCCCAUUAUCGAUUGGGGACGCUACGGUUCAAUACUGAAGGAAGCGCUGCGUUGCAUAGCUCUAUCUACUCUCGGACGUCCUUCUCGGACAAUUUUCGUGUGUCAGGAUUCCUAGCAGAAAGCUAUAACGCCAGUACUGGCUCUCAUGCCUACCUCGGGGACGCUUUGCAGUCAGGAAGGCCUUCUUUUGCUGCCUCUGUGUUCUCCGGCCAGCCGGCCAUGGGAUUGUCCCGAAACUCAGCUGCAACGGUGAACCCGAUCUUUUACGAGUUGAAGGAGCCCAUUGAACCCGCUGUCUUCGAGCACUUAUCGUCCAAGAUGGAUCAUGAGUCCGUAGUCCGCUAUAUUGCGGGUACGAAGGACAUUGGCGCGGCCACGCCAGCUCGCCUGGUGGCCCAGAUAUCUUCCGAGUCCUUCAUGGAUUACGAGCUUGUAUCGGAUUUCUUCCUCACAUUUCGUUCCUACCUUUCUUCCGGUAGUUUGCUAGCUCUCCUGCUGGCCCGGCUGCAAUGGGCUAUCAACCGACUUCAGGACGAUGGGAGAAUCAUCCGCAUUCGCACAUUUGCGGCCCUCCGCCAUUGGAUCCUCAAUUAUUUCGCCGAUGACUUUGUCCCGGAUCAUAGCCUUCGAACUCAUUUCUGUGAGACCAUUAACACGAUGUAUGAUAAUGUCAAGGCCCGAGAAGGAGGUGGGAUGAGUGAUCUCAAAAUUUUGAUUGAUCUCAAACGCUGCUGGCACGGGAAGUGCGCUGGCUACUGGGAGUGGUCACCCGAGCAUAUCGUGCCAGAUACUGCCAUUUCCCCUGGUGGUUCUACUCUAGAAACGAUACCGCUGAUUGAUUUCCGUAACGAGUACCAGGACACUAUUCAGCAUGAAAGGGGUCAUGCGCUUCGGCAUGGUGGCCAAGAAGUGCUGCCCAUUGUUCAACAGAUUCGGCACGACCGCAACAACUCCACAGUGACUGCGAGAAGCAUGCCGGUAUCAACGCAGAGUGACAAUAGUGUUCAGGUUACCUCCUGUUCUUUACCGCCGAAAUCUCCCAAACGCCUGUCUGUUCCUGUCGCCGCGUCAAAAGCACCUCAUCCAGUACCCAUCAUACCUCCAAAAUUUCUGUGUUCUCUACGAGCCUCACCAAAUGCCUCGCCGAUCAUCGCAAAGCGCCAUCCCUCCCAAAGUCAUACGCACAAACGCAGUGGUAGCUUUUCCGACUCCGUACGGGACGACAGGUCACCGUUGUCCCCGCUAAAGCUCGAACAACAGACGGUGUUCUCUUCUCGGGAAGUAUUAAACCUAGGAAGCCUGAUACGUGGCGAGCUAUACGCCCCGGCAGAGUCCUACAUGACUAUGUUAGCGCCGCCCUCUCCACCUCUGCCCUCAUCGGUUAUCAAUCCGGCUAUCGAUCGGCGCAGCACGUUGAACGAGGGCAGUAAGCCUCCUACGUCGAGCUCAGGCAUGAAGACUAUCAUAGGGUCCAUUCGACGCGUUCUGCACAGCCGGAACGGACAGAGUAUCUCGGCGCGUGCCAUGAACGGCCACUGGAGUCCGACAACCCGUGGAAAGACAUCAACUCUGCCUAACAACGUCGCCUUCGGGUCUGAUCUUUACCGAGACAAGAGGUCAGCAGCGAAUCCCAAACGACCAAUGCGGAUUGAUAUCCUAUGUGAUGAAGCCAUGCAACAAUAUCGCCGUGCAAUGGGAGAAGUUGAGACACCGCGGACAGCGAAGACUCCAGGUCUUGAAAUUUCUGAGCAGAUUGCCGCAUUUGAACACGCCCAGCCAAGCCAUCGUGCUACUCAUUUCGACCAUUCAAGGGCAAAAAGCCAGAUCACCAUGGGAAGUCAAUCUAUCGUCAUCGUAGAUGAUACUGGCACCGGAGGUCCCGUCAUGUCGGGGGCCGUAAUGGCGCAGACAAUAGGAUUGGAAAGAUCCCCUGGCUUUCUAGACGCUGCGGACACCCCAACAACUGUGAAGGCAUCUUCCCUGCGCGUCCCAUCUCAGCGAACCACUCUCGCAGAGGACCAAUAUUCACUGCCCAUCUAUUAUGACGAAGCUGAUCAUGCGCCGCCCAAUAAUCGCAUCUCGAGAUUUCUUCGGGGUUCUGGGCUUUCUGAUUCACGCCGAUCUUUUUCCGUGGAGCGUUUCUCGGCGUCGUGGAAAAGAACAUCGCCGUCUCUUCGUCUUCGCAAAUAUGCUUCUUUCCAGAGCGAAAUUUCAAGGCAGCGUUCAGCCAUGGCUCAAGAAUGGCGACCGCCAGGUGCGGAUACGGGAAAUCCCGAAACGAUCGCCGAAAAGCAAGUGGGACCGACACUUCGCCGGCGCCCUGGCGGGGACUUGCGCCAAAUGCGCAAUGGGGGUGCAGCAUUGUCGCGCCCUGCUUCCGGCUCAUAUGCGUCUAGUUCUACGUACCGCAGUUCCUUCGCUGAUAGUAUGAUCAGCAGGGCCAACGACGGCACUUCAAGGCCCCAAACGACCCUGAUCCCUCCUAAUCCCCGAUAUGAGUUGAUUCAGACCCAUUCGUCCCAAAUAGUUCGGCGCUCGUUCGAGGCGGCUAUUGCGCAAUUCGCCCAGAUCCCAGACGAUGACGAUGGGGGGAUUGAGUCAGCAUUGCUGAAACUGGAAGGAAAGUGGCCCGGUUCGCCGAUCACUACUGGCAGCGAUGCUGGAUCCGCCGAACUGCUGCAGAGAAGCCAGGAUCCGCGAGUUUUCAGACAGUCGGAUUCUACCAAGUCGGGGAUCGCCGGCAGACGGCAUCACACUCUGCUCGGUAAUAACCCGCCAUAUUCCCAGGUUCGUCCGCGGCUUGCGCCCCCCAGGUCUUACUCUGAUUCCAUUACAUCGGAGUCGGGCGAGUCGUACAGCUCAAUCCCGCUGCUUGAGCGGGGCCUGAGUGAUGAGUCAAUGAAGAAAUCCAGUCUGGACCGUAUUGCCCAAUACCCUGUCAUGCCUCCCCGUUCCGAGCUGGAUCGAUCAUCGACUCGGAAUGCGUCAGAUGUGGAGUCAUCCCACCCAUCCAUCGACAUUUUCAGAAAGACAGAUAGCCUUGAAUGCAUCCCGCGAGAAUCAACGCUGCCGGUGCCCAUGCCUGAGAGACUGAGAGCCAGAGGGGAACGUCUUUCGGGGCUUUCCUCUGGGAUUUCAGUUGAUGUGACAGAUGCACAGGAAGUCUUGGAUCAGCGUCUGUCACUCGACACACAGAGCUUGGCCGAUGGAUCCUUCGAAAUUCCGCCGCAUCCUCUAGCACACCCCCCUUCGCCGCCGAUGACUAUUCCCAAUCCUCGUUCGGUGGCCUCCUGCACAGCGCCGAUGGAUUCUGCCCUCUUUCCAGCGCAGCCAUUGACUCCGGACCCAUCUCCUCGACAUCGGAAUGGCGGAAGACACAAUAUCCGCUCCGUGGACAUGCGACAGGUCUCGGGUGACGUGCUUUCUCGAUCGGAAGAGGACCGUCAGAACCAUGAUCUCCCCACAAGUGCGGAUCUCGACCAUAUUCCUUUCAUCCUCUCAUGCCAAUCGCAGGUCCUCGCUCAGCAGUUGACGCUGGUGGAGAUGGCUGCGCUCAGUGAGGUCGACUGGCGGGACUUGGUCGAUAUGAAGUGGAGUAGCGGCUCGCCGUCCACACAAAAUUGGGUGCAGUUCCUUACCGAUGAAGAGCGCAGAGGUAUUGACCUGGUGGUUGGCCGCUUCAACCUAAUGGUGCGAUGGGUGGUCUCAGAGGUCAUUCUUGUGCGUCGGAUUGAAGAGCGCGCCAGCACCAUCAUCAAAUUUAUCCAUACCGCCGCCCAUGCAAAGCGGAUAUGCAACUAUGCGACGAUGCUGCAGAUUGCGAUCGCGCUGUCAUCUACCGACUGCUCGCGGCUCCACAAGACUUGGGCUCUUGUGCCACCAUCGGACAGACGCCUCUUGCAAGACAUGGAGUUGCUCAUCCAGCCCGUCCGGAACUUUCACGAUCUUCGGACGGAAAUGGAAACGGCCAAUCUGCAGGAAGGCUGUAUUCCGUUUGUGGGACUCUAUGUUCAUGAUCUUACCUAUAAUGCGCAGAAACCAGCGCAGGUUGCCAACCCAGCUGGAGAGCCUCUAGUCAAUUUCGAGCGGUAUCGUACCGCCGCGAAGAUCGUCAAAAGCCUUCUUCGGCUGAUUGACGCGAGCACCAAAUAUAAAUUCGAGCCGGUGCCUGGCAUUAUCGAGCGUUGUCUAUGGAUUGCUUCGCUUUCGGAGGAGCAGAUCCAGAAACGCAGCCGGUUACUGGAGUAA